UAUGUGGCGUAUUUCUUCGCUAUGUUUGCCUGCCAACUUCUGCACAACUGCAACUAUUACAGGGUUUUGGAAGUUGCCUUAGCCGAAACAGCCUGGCCCUCUUCUCAGACGAUUGGUCGGUAGCUACUGUAAAAUGAGCAGCAUUACUACAAGAUUUUGAACAUAUACCUCUUGUUUUGAGUUCUUUUUAUUAUAAACACUUCUUUUUUUGAGCUAAUAUCUUUUUGUUUUGGAGGAAUUUGUACAUCACCAAAAGAAAAGAAACGGGCACAGUCCAAACCAAAGAUAUAUACCGGGUUAGUAGCGCGGGCCUAUGUGUGCUCAAGGGCGUCUGCGUUGCCGCGUCAAACAACAGCUCUCGUGGACUGCUCCAUCCCCGCUACCCCAAAAUCACGCAGGCGUCUCCUCCCCGGGGAAUAAAAAGCGCGACUCGCAGCUCCACCCGCCGCCGUCAGCCGCCCGUGGCAAGCUUCUAACAAUGCGUCUGCCGUGUGAUAAGAUCGAUCCCAUUGAUCCUUGCCUUCUCAGCUUCCUCAGCCACCAUGGCAUCGACGGCGCCUUCGAGAUCCUGUCUUCCCUCGGCGAUCCGAGGGCGGAGGAGAUGAAGGAUGCCUUCCAGAAGAUCGUCAGUGAUUUCUGUAGAACGCCUCGGGCAGUGGACGCGGACGCGGACGUGGACGUGGAAGGCAUGGCAGAUGGAAACACAGGGAAAGUGCUCCUUGGCGGUGAAAAGAAACCUAGCACCAUGAAAAGAGAGCACGGGCCUGCUGAAGGCGAGCAGGAUCCAAAGAAGCCAAGAACGGCAGAAGGCUCAUGUGACCAAGUGUGAUCAUUUGAGUAAAUUGCAGUCUGUACUACGACUGAAUUUGCACGCCUUCAGAGGCAACUAGUGUGAUCAUUUGAGUGUGAUUGAAGCCUCAUUUUUGGAUGUACCACUUUAUGUCAUGCACAAUCUUUCGACUGAAUUUUCUUUAUACACAUAUAAAUUCAGUGUGAU